AUGUCAUCGUUGAUGUUUGAUGAUGAGGAUCCAUUGGGUAAUGGAAAUCCAUUUUGGUCGGUACCCACGAAUAUCGAUUGGAACGUUUGGACAGAGUACAUGAGCGGAAUGCAGGGAUUAAGAGCUGCUACCACUAUGAGUGAGUCUAAUGGGGUUAUGGGUCGUGGUGUUGGGGGAAGUGUUAGUGGUCACACUAAGAAAGUUCCAAGGUUAAGUAAGAUGUCGGGACAACCCGGAUUAAAAAGCAAAGACAACGAUUCUUCUUCGCAGUUGGCGGCUUCAAAUGGUAGUAGUUCUCAACAAAACGUCAUAGAUACACUUGAGGCUUCCAUAGAAGCGACUAAAGAAGUUAUUGUGGUAGACAAGAUCAAUAUAGAUAUUACUGAACACGCGGCACCAAAAUUCAACGAUAAAAUUGAUCCAGUCAUCGGUUCGGUUGACGACGAGAGCACCAAACGACGAACAACGCUUACGACACUUGCAACUAGUCAUCAUUAUGUUGCUAAACAUGUUAGUUAUAUAAGCCCUACUGAGGAUAUCUUUAAUCCUGAAGAUCCAAAUAUCCGCGAGGAUAUAAUUCGAAUGAUUAUGCAAUAUCUGUCAGAUGAAGGUUAUAACGCGUCAAAAACUACCCUGUAUGAUGAGGCAAAUUUUAAAUUUCAUGAACGUGAAGAGCAUGUCGCAGAAAUAAAGCGAUUAAAAAAAGCCAUUCUUGAUGGUGAUUGGGCAGAAGUUGACAAACUCUGUGCAAAAUCACUAAUUAAGAACCAGAAGAGUUUUUUGUAUGCUGUUUAUAAACAACAGUAUCUUGAAUAUAUUGAAUAUCAGGAGGUGCAAAAGGCAUUCACUUUUCUAAACAAAAGAUUGAAGCCUCUUGAACAUCUUCAGAUGAAUCCAAAUGAAUUUAAAGACUUGUGUUAUUUACUUACAGCCAAAUCUGUUCACGAUGCUCCGUCGUUCAAAAAUUGGGAAGGGAUUGAGAAGCUAGUAGAACAAUUCCAAAAUCUGCUUAAUAUUGAAAAUGCGGAUAAGGAUGAAGGUACCGUACACGUACCACCGAACCGAUUACUUACUCUCCUUCGACAAGCCGUUGCCUACCAAAUCGAAUUUUCACGUUAUCAUCCGCGUGUUGCGCCCAGAGUAAACACAUUGCUGCAGGAUUACACAAGUUUUAUAAUACCUAACGCUAUUCGGGCAACUUUAGUUGGUCACCAAGGAAAUGUUAAAUGUGUUGACUUUGUGGGCCAAAAAGGCAGAGAGAUAGUCAGUGGAUCAAGCGAUAAUACGCUCAGAAUAUGGGAUACUGAAAGUUGUAAAGAGAUUUGUGUAUUAGAGGGUCACGAAUCUCGAAUUUGGGAUGUAUCCUCCAAUAAGAAUGGAUCAAUUGUGUCUAGUGCAAGUGGUGAUAGCACAAUUAAGUUAUGGGAUAUGAAAGGAAGUAAACAUAUGUGUAUUACAUCAUUGUCAGGCCACACCAGUGAUGUUUACACGGUCAAGUUUCAUCCUGGAGACAAUCAUAUUGUUUCCGGAGGCUAUGAUAAAAUUGUUAGAUUGUACGAUGUGAAUACCGGUCAGUUGAUAAAAAUGUUUAGUGGACAUCAGUUAUCAGUCUCGAAAACUAUUUUUAAUCCGCUGGGAAAUCUAAUAAUCAGCGGUUCAAAAGACAACACCAUCAAAUUUUGGGACAUUGUCUCUGGACUGUGCAUUCGCACAAUAUCAUCGCAUUUGGGUGAGGUUACUUCGGUCGAGUUGAAUUCUAAUGGUACUCUGUUGCUGAGCAGUUCAAAAGAUAAUUCGAAUCGUUUAUGGGAUGUUAGGAUGGGACGUCCCAUUAGAAAACUCAAAGGCCAUCAAAACACUUCGAAAAAUUUUAUUCGUGCAGGAUUUGCUAGUGAUUCCUUAAUUGUUGGUGGCUCUGAGGAUGGUAUCGUAUACAUUUGGGAUCAAGACACUGGUGAGGUUCUACAAAGAUUACGAGGACACACCGGUAUGGUGUACAGUGCCAUUUGGAAUGCCUCGCAAAGUUUCUUGGUUAGUUGUAGUGACGAUCGGACCUUGAAUAUGUGGUGGUAUGAUGAAAAUCGUCCUCUUGAUUAG